AUGUCUCGAACAGUUGUGGCAGCGCUGCAGCAGCAGCUGCAGCAGCCUCUGGUUUUUCUAUUCAAGGGACGCGACUCAAUGUUGGCCAUUCAAGCUAGAGUCCAGGCCAUGUUCCCUUCGCACAGACACUUGCUAGGGGGCUGCUGCCCCCUUAUUCUUCUUUUUCUAUUGACUGUGAACGCCGCCCCAGCAACUCCAGGGCCUCGCCCGUCUCAUCCACCUGACACCCGAGAAGUUGCUGCUAAGGUGUUAGAUGGCUUGGGGAGGCGCACAGGAUCGCCACCUACCGCUGAUGCUGUCCUCAAGCUGCUGCUUCACCUGCAGCAGCCGCAGCAGCAGCAGCUGCUGAAGCAAAGAGGCAUUGAGGUGAACAAACUCACAGCAGAAAUAGCAGCUAUUUCCUUUGGUAUGCCGCAGCAGCAGCAGGAGCAGCAGCGGGAGCAGCAGCAGGAGCAGCAGCAGGAGCAACAAAAGCAACACCCGAAGCCGCAGCAGCAGGAACAGCGGAAGCAGCAGCAGGAGCAGCAGCAGCAACCAAAGGAGCAGCAGCAGCAGCAGCAGGAAAACGAAGGGGAAGUGCAGCGACUAGCAACAGCAGCAGCAGCAAGUCUCUUAGAGAAGGGCCUUACUGCUUCGCUGGGAGACAACCGAUUAGAAGCAGCACUUGCUGCGCUGCAGCAGCAGCUAUCAGGCAGAGGUGUAGAUGUGCUGCAGCUUAAAGAAGCAAUUGUUGACAGAAUUAAAAGCUCUCAGCAGCAGCAGCAGCAGCAGCAGCCGCAGCAGCAGCACAGCGAGCAGCAGCAGUCCUACCGCCAGAAAUACCAGCAGCACCAGCACGAGCAGCAGCAGCAGCAGGCAGAGAAGCAGCAGCAGCAGCAGCAGCAGCAGCAGCAGGAAAAGCAGCAAGCGGCAGAGAAGCAGCGGCAGCAGGCUGAGCAGCAGCAGCAAAGGCAGAAGCAAGAAGAAGAAAAGCAGAGGCAGCAAGAACAGCAACAACAGCAGCAGCAAGAGUCCAUUCGUCGCGCGGAGCGAGCAGCAGCAGCUGCUGCUGCAAGCGCUGCUGCUGCUGCUGCUGCUGCGACUAGUGCUGCAGAAGCAGCGGCAGCAGUAGCCAAGGCUGCCGGCUCUCAACCUGAACGUGCUGCUGUUGCUGCUGCUGCUGCAACAGCAGCAGAAGAAGCAUCCGCUGCAGCAAAAGAAGCAGCAACAACGGCAGCAGACAUCCUCCUCGCAGCGCUUCCGCCUUCAGCAGCAGCAGCAACGGAAGCAACAGCAGCAGCAGAAGGUGCAGCAGAAACGGAGACACCGCCGCCAGAAGCAGCAGCGGCAGAUGCAGCAGCAGCAACAGAGACUGCUGAGGACAAAGCAGCAGCUGCAGCAGCACACCCCACAGAAGCUGCAGCAGCAACAUCAAACGAAGAUUCCCCAACUGCAGCAAAAGCAGAUACUGCUCCCUAUGCAGCAGCGGAGGAGCCCUCAGCAGCAGCAGCAGCAGCAGCAACACCGACACAGGACGCCGCAACAGGGACCGUAGCUGCAACAGCAGAAGAAGCAGCAGCAGCAGCAACCGAGCCAGAAGCAGCAGCAGCAACCGAAGCAGCAGCAGCAACAGAAGCAGCAGCAACAACAACAGAAGCAGAGGAGGAGGAAGCAGCAGCAGACGCCGUCGAAGGUGAAACCGCAGCAGCUGAAGCAGGAGUGCCUGGAUCUGCAGCAGCAGCAGCACCAACACCAGCAGCAGCAGCAGCAGCACCAGAAGCAGCAGCAGCAGCAGAACCAGCUGUAGUUAGCGCUUCAUUUGAGUGCUUACAGUUCGGUAAAGACAGCGAGGGGGAAAGCUUAAAGAAAAUUGAAGAUGGAUCUGUGGGGUCUAUUGCUGCUUGUGCUGCUGCAUGCGCAGCAGCAGAAAGCUGCGGUGUAUAUACAUAUAACCUCAGACGCAGCUGGUGCUACUUAAAGAAAACAAACAAACCUUCAUUUACCCCGCAGAAGUCCUUUGCCGAGCCCCUUGUCUCUGCAGAGAGAAGCUGCCAGCCUAAACAAGCCUCGCCUAGAAGAAGACUGCAGCAGCAGCAGCAGCAGCAGCAGCAGCAGCAGCAGCAGCAGGGGGAGACACCCUAUUUCCUAGACAACACAGGGAUCCUACCUUCUGAAGAUGAAGAGGAGGCCCUUGAGGGUUUUCAAUACUACGGGCCCCUCCUCAACAGCAGCAGCAGCAGCAGCAGCAGCAGCAACAGCAGCAGCAUGAGCAGCUUUGAUUCGAAAGAAGGCAGUGGGGUGAUCCCUCCGCAUUCUGCAGCAGCAGCAACAGCAGCAGCAGGAGCAGCAGAAGAAGAAGCAGCAGCAUUUGCAGCAGCAUCUGAUGCUGAUGCUGCAUCAGACAUUUUAAAUAUAGAGAGCCCUUCAAGAUAUCUUCAAUUCUAUGGGGGGCCCCCCCCAUACGGGAAAUAA